UGUGACUGGCGGCCGCUGCGAAGUUUGCAAAGUUCCAGCGGCCGCGGGUCCCCUCCAGCUUGAGCAGCCGGCAGCGCGGACCCAUGGCCGGUGGGGCAGCCGGGGAUCUUGGGGCAGCGGCCUCCGCGGCGCCCGAGAUCCGCGAGCACCUGUUCAAGGUGCUGGUGGUCGGCGAGCUCGGCGUGGGCAAGACCAGCAUCGUCAGGCGCUACGUGCAGAAGCUCUUCUCGCAGCACUACCGCGCCACCAUGGGCGUGGACUUCGCGCUCAAGGCCCUGCACUGGGACAGCCGGACGCUCGUGCGCCUGCAGCUGUGGGACAUCGCGGGUCAGGAGCGGUUUGGCAACAUGACUCGAGUAUACUACAAGGAAGCCGUUGGUGCUUUUGUGGUCUUUGAUAUAUCCAGAGGUUCCACAUUUAAGGCGGUAUCCAAAUGGAAAGAUGACCUGGAUAGUAAAGUUCAUCUUCCCAAUGGCAGCCCUAUUCCUGCUGUCCUCCUAGCUAACAAAUGUGACCAGAUCAAGGACAGCGGCUACAGUGCUUCUCAGAUGGACCAGUUCUGCAAAGACCAUGGCUUUUCUGGAUGGUAUGAAACUUCUGCCAAGGAUAAUAUAAACAUAGACGAAGCUGCCCAGCUCCUGGUGGAGAACAUUCUCACAAACUGUACGCACUUUCCUAGUGAAGACAACGAUGUGGACAAAAUUAAAUUGGAUCAGGAAACCUCAGUAGGAAAGCGCAAAGCACAGUGCUGCUGACGUGGCUUCUGCUUCUCUUGUGCCUGCCUUGGUCCCGAGUACAUGCCGGAGGAUGACCAAAAGUUGCUGUGGGCUGUGAGUCUUCACAGUCCUGUUACACUUGGCCCCUCUGAUCAUUUAAAAUUGGAACAGGUGGAGAGAACAGCCCACUCACGCUUCUGUGACUUAACAGAUGACCCCAGGCUUUUGUUGCUGUCACCAUCCUUUGGAGGAUAUUGUUUACAUUCUUUUAAACCUCUUUGUAAGUGAUUUCCUGGUGGUGGGAUUUUAGUGUAAGCUCUGGGGUGGUAAUGAACUCCUGCAGUGUUCCAAUAACGUUGAGCCUAUAGCUUUGUCUCCACUGUCUGACCUCACUGCUCAAGAGAUGUGUAGACUCUCUUAGCCGCAAACUCUUGAAGUUACUGUUUGGAAGGUCUGUCACCUAUUUGGAAUUGGUACUUCAUGUAAACUUUUUUCUCUUAAAUACCGUGAGUCCACCUGUCAUGGCAGGAGUGUCAUGUGGUCGCACUUUCUGAAACUGUUGUUACCUUUUGUACUAUCUCAAAAAGCUAUUCCUACCACUUCUGUAUUGUGGGUGGCUCCUUCUGGGCUCACUUAUUACCACUGGGAAACAAUGUACAUGAAUAAUUCCUCUCUUUCCCUAGUCCCGUCUCUACACUCUGUAGAGUGUUUGUUUCCAACCAAGGGCCAUACUGGUACUACUAUUCAGUUCUCUUUACUUAGAAUUGGAGCAUAUUUUUCAAGAGUACUUUCUGAUCCGUAAUGGUAAUAGUUAAAAAGAGAAUUUAUUUCAAAGCACUUACACUGAUAUCUAAACAUCUAAAGUAUGAAUUGUGACAGAAAUGUGAUCUUGUAUAAUUUUAUAUAAAAACCUUGGACAUUUGUACUGUAAUGGUUGAAAAACUUCCAGCAGAUUCAACAGUGCUUGUAUUGUCAGUAAACAAUACAAUAAAUGAAGGAAAAUAAUAAAUAUUUUAAGUAAAGUGUGUGGCCUGUAUUUUGAGUUAAUGCUGUUCUAAGAUGCUAUUUUUCUGCCUUAGAAAAUUUUGUUUACUUCUUCUUUUCUUUUUUUGACGGUACUGGGAAUUGAACUCUGGACCUUGCGCUUGCUAGGCAGGCAUUUAAGCCAUUGAGCUAUCUCCCAGGCCCCUCUUUUUAUUUUCAAGGACUGCGUUAUCCAAUUUAUUUCUCUCAAAAAUAUGUUAAAGCUUUUAUGUUAUACCCUAGUGCUAAUGCAGGAUGAGACAUUGACAGUUUGCCUCAUACUUGAGGUUUCCUUCCCUGUGUGUAACAUAACAUUUGAAGUCAGGGUGAAACAAGAGAACACCGUGGCUCCUUUAUUCACUUUUAAAAAGCCAGUUGUACACACAUGCACAUGCGCACACACAUGCACACGCAUAUGCAGGAUGGCUCAAACACUGCAUGGUACUUUAUGAAUGAAAGGAUCUGUAUUUCUUCUUUCUGUGAAUCUCACAUAUUAUGAAAAUGCAAGUGUUUUAACCUGCCAUGCACAGGUCAGUAACCCGAUACAGAUUGUGAAGUGAUUGCUAUCAAAGGUGGAGAUUUUCUAGAAGUGUAGUUUGGGAUCCUGCGUUUUGUACAUGAAGCACUGAAGCUGUUCAGUGAGAAUUCCUGAGACUAAGUGUACACUUGCUGAGUUAGUUAUCUGAGAAUGGAGCUCAGAAAUGCUUUCACAGAAAAUCUGAUGUUUAUUUUGAAAACAGCGUAUCAUGAGGAAAAUAUUCUUCAGCUUAAAAUCUAUGGUAUUAAAAAAUAAAAUAAAAUCUAUGAUUACUCAAAAUAUAAAUGCUUAAAAUAUACACUUUCAUUUUUACUUACAAGUCAUUGUCAUUAAAAAUCAGAAGGCCUUAUACAGUGAGAAGACUAUACAUUUGCUUUCAACCACUGAAGAAGACAAACAUUCUUGCUUACAGUUUUGAACUAACCUUCCAGGAUUGCUGCUACCAUUGGUUAGUCCUUUGGG